AUUUGAGUUUUGUUCAGAUUUUUAAUUGUGUUGAUUUAUUGUUUACAUUUAGUGCUUUAUGGUUUAUUAAUCAUUUAAUUUUGUUUAAUCACAAUGAUUCUUCUAGAAAUUAAUAAUAAAACAAUUGAAGAUACAUUAAGUUACAAAAUUAGUGAAGUUGAAUCAAAUUCAAAAUUAGAGCUGGUUGAUGUUACCUUUGCUGAUUUUGAUGGUGUUAUUUUCCACAUUUCCAAUUUGAAGGAUGACAAAUAUAAAAUAAGGGUUAGCAUUGCUCUCAAAUUUUAUAAAGAUUUACAAGAACAUGGAGCUGAUGAUUUACUUCAACGAGAAUAUGGCUCGUUAUUGCAAUUACCUCCAGAAGAAGGUUACAAUGUUACAUUGUUAUUUGAUUUGAAAAAUUUACCCGAAAAUCACCAGGAAUUAGUUAAGAAAGCUGGACUUUUGAAAAGAAACUGUUUCGCCUCAGUUUUUGAGAAAUAUUUUGAAUUUCAAGAGAAAGGUCAAGAAGAAGGCAAACGAGCCGUUAUCCAUUAUAGAGAAGAUGAAACCAUGUAUGUGGAAGCCAAACCUGACAGGGUAACCGUUAUUUUCAGCACCGUUUUCAAGGAUGAAUCGGAUGUUAUUAUUGGAAAGGUUUUCAUGCAAGAAUUCAAAGAAGGGCGUAAAGCGAGUCACACUGCGCCCCAUGUUUUAUUCAGUCACAAAGAACCACCCAUGGAGCUUCAAGACACCGAUGCUCUUGCUGGUGAUAAAAUUGGCUACAUUACUUUCGUUCUAUUCCCUCGACAUACUAGUAAAAAAUCUCGAGAUAAUACAAUUAAUUUGAUACAUAUUUUCCGUGAUUAUUUGCAUUACCACAUCAAAUGCUCAAAAGUUUAUAUACAUUCUAGGAUGAGAGCUAAAACUUCAGAGUUCCUUAAAAUUCUCAAUCGAGCUCGGCCUGAACGUCAGACAGAAAAGAAAACUAUUACGUAAGUAUUUUAAUUGCUA